GAACCCCACCUCGCACGUACGUCGGGCUGCCUGGCAACAUGAGGGAGAGAACAGGAAGACCUGCAACCGUCAAGUCAGGUACCUACACACUCUGGACAUAAAACAGCCAGAAACAACGCUCAGACGUACGAUGGAGGAUGCUGAGAAAGGUCCCCAGGAGCAGCCUGACUCCGUCCCAGAGGUGGGAGAAGAUGCUGUGACGGCCGUCGGUCCCUCCCCUCCUCCCCCCGCCAUGACAGAGGAAGAGCGUCAGGAGCUACAGGAGGAGCUGGCCAAGGUUGAAGAUGAGAUCCAGACUCUGACCCAGGUUCUGGCAGCCAAAGAGAAGCAGUUGGCAGAUAUUAAGAGGAAGCUGGGCAUCACGCCUCUCAAUGAGCUGAAACAGAACAUCAGCAAAACCUGGCAGGAGGUCACUACUUCCACUGCCUAUAGGAGGACUUCUGAGACUCUCUCUCAGGCGGGUCAGAAGGCCACAGCAGCCUUCUCCAAUAUGGGCUCAGCCAUCAGCCGGAAGCUCGAGGAUGUCAGCAUACACUCUUUACCGCACUCAGCUAGCAUGCCAGCCAUGAGAAAUGCGCCAACUUUCAAGUCAUUGGAGGAGAAAGUAGAGACACUGAAGACUAAGAUGACUCCUUCAGGGUCCACCAGUGAUGCCGGCAGCCAGGACAGCGGCGGUCCUCCGGCCACCGAGUCUUUCCUCACCCAGCCUGAGGACUCGCCCAUCCCAGGAGACAACGACGACGACGCGCUUAGACCAGUCUAACCCGUCCUGACCUCCCCCACCUCCCCCAAUCCCCUCAUCCCCUCCUCACUUGACCCUGUUGACCCUCCUGAGCCUUCAUACACUCGCCUCCCCUCCUCUCCCCUCAACUCUUGUGUGCCAGUCUCCCUUUAUUGGAAACAAAUGACUUCCCCCAAGCCUCCUGUGUGAUUUAAUUGUCUGCUCUUUUCUCCUGACACGUGCGCUCGCUUGUUAGCUAGUGUGGAAACUGAAAGCAUGGGAUGGGUGCAGGCAUGCGGUCUAGUGCCGGUCGUAUAUUUCCAAGUGUGUCCAGGCUCACUGUGGGAGAAAUCCUUUUUCCUCUCUACUCCUUAUCUCUCCACCUUUGUCUAACCAGCAAAGCUCAGAUGCCAAACAUGCUCCCAACUUUUUUUUCUUUUAACACUUUAAUGUAUAUUUGAGUGUAGAAAAUUGCACAAAAACAGAAUAUUGUACACUUACACACUUCCUUAGAGAAGGAUUAACACUUCCUCUGUAUGUGAACCAGGCAGUUGUUUGCUUAAAGUGUCUGCAUGCCCUAUGUUAUUUGUUAGUUAUUCUUUAAAAGCACUGCCUCUACUUUGGGGCCAUACUUGGUUUACAGUGGGCUACCUCUGUGUGGGCCAAUCUGAUUUCUGUCUUCUUCUAAUUGUGCUGAUUUUAAGAGGCCGCGCAAUCAUUAAGUAGUCUAACACUGUGUUCAAGCUAUGAAUGUAUGCCUUUUUCUGUCACAUCGGUACAACACUGUGUCAUUAAUACAACCACUGACUCCAAAGUAGGAAUUUCAUAUUUCAGAAUAAAGCCAUCUUUUUUCCUAUUUUUUUGUUGCAAAGAGCCUUUUAGAAAAUGAUCUCCACGCUUAGAUAGUUACAGGAAAACAGCCAAGAUCAGCAGAACAGAGAGUGAGCAAACACGGCGUCAAGGUUCGGCCUUGACCCGAGGUGAGAGUGAAAUAAAUGUCUCUUCCAGCGCCAGAGUCAAUAUUGAAACACUUGUGCAUUGUCUCUGCGAGGGAGGUAACACCUAGCCUCCCCCAACGCUGUGUGGAGCACAACGAGAAGAAAGGAAUGGCAAGAGAACUGUGCACUCGAUGUUAUGUUGUACACUGAUACUGGAUAACCGUGUAAUAGAAGAGCUUCACCUCAGUUUUUCCUCCUUUUUGGUUGCACGAAUGGAUCAAAAUCAGCCUCUUUUGGUAGUAUGUUCUCAAAGUGCACGGUUUUAUAUAAAUAUAUAUACAGUAUUUACUGAAAAUGCUGCUUUCAUAGAGACCUUACAAUCUUACUAAAUGUUAAGAGUGACUGAGAUCAACAUUACAUUAAAUGACGACCAUCGUCGGGUGUCAGCUUUACACUCUCGUGCUGCUUUAUAUUGGUUAUAUCCUAGAAAUUAUUAAACUACUGAACAAUUACUCCCACCAGACACUUUUUUUUUCGAAUUGGCUAAUGCACACAGGGCUACUGAUGGAGGUUAAAUACAACAUGAAGGGCAAACAGAGCCAACGUGAACACAGCCCAGCCUUUCUCUGAUACACGAGCUUAACUAAAAGUGGAUUUAACACAGAUUUCUAACUCUGCUGCUGCAAGUCUUCCCCUGCUGGUGGAUGAGCAGCUCAACAUGAAUGUGAAUCAGCUCUCCACCCACACUCACAGCCAUUAGUGAUACAACUUCACCGCACAGACUGUGGAUCAGCAGGAUUUCUCAAACUUGUUUUGCUGGAUUUUUUUUUUUGUAACAUCAAUACAGUAUCCCGUGACACUGCUUUGUGACCAGAAUGUGUUCCAGCCUCUUAUCACAGGCGUGAGGAUUUUAUUUUGGAGUCAUGUAAACAACGCACGCAUAUAUGUUCAUUAAUGGAAACAUGGACAAGAAAUGUACUCUAAUUAAAAUACUUUUGAAGUAACCUGA